AUCACGUAACAGGGAGCGCGGUAACUUCCACGAAAGAAGCGUCGAAUCUUUCGGUCCUAUAAAGAGCUUUACGGAAUUUAUUUAUGGCUGUCUUUAUUAAAUUUGUUCAUAAACAAUCUUCUAUAGAGUUCAAAUGGAGGAGGGCAGCGUUUUAAUGAAAGUUCUGCUCCUUCUCUCUUUUUCUCCUCUUUCAUUAUCAGACACACACUCUCUUCAGUAUCUCUUCACUGCAGUGACAGCAAGGAUAAAUUUCACUUCUGUUGGUCUGCUGGAUGGACAGCAGUUUCAGUAUUACGACAGUAACAUCAGGAAGAUGAUCCCAAAGACAGAGUGGAUGAAGAAGAUCAGUGUUGAUGAUCCAGAUUACUGGAAAAGCGAGAUGGAGAAGCAGCAGGAUGAACAGGACACCUUCAUAUUCCACCUGAUUUCUGUAAUGCAAAGUUUUAAACAGACUGAAGGAGUUCACACACUCCAGAGGAUGUACGUCUGUGAGCUCUAUGAUAACAGCACCACUAGAGGAUAUGAUCAGUUCGGUUAUGAUGGAGAAGAUUUCAUCACUCUGGACCUGAACACUGGAACCUGGACUGCAGAUAAACCUCAAGCUGUGAUCAUUAUAAAGGAGUGGGAUCCUACAGGAUAUGAGGCUAAGAAGCAGAAGAGCUACCUGGAGAAGGAGUGUAUUGAUUGGAUAAAGAAGUUUGUGUCUUACGGCAGAGAGACUCUGGAGAGGAAAGAUCCUCCUACACCAUCAGUGUUCCAGAAACACUCGCCUUCUCCAGAGGUGGUGUGUCACGCUACAGGUUUCUUCCCCAAAGAGGUGAUGAUCUCCUGGAGGAAGGGCGGAGAGGGCGUGAGCGAGGGCGUGGAGCUCAGAGAGGCGUUACCCAACCAGGAUGGAAGCUUCCAGAAGAGAAGCAUUCUGAAAGUCCCAGCUGAGGAUCUGCAGAAACACACCUACACCUGCGUGAUUCAGCACAGCAGCUUGAAGGAGGAGUUAGUGCUGAAUGUGAACAUAAACAAUCAU